GUUAACUACCCUUCUCUCCCGAGACCGAGAGGGUGAGAAGCUCCCAAUCCCAACCUUCCUCCUGUAGGCUGUAGCCAAGAAACCUAAAGGCUGAGCUUCUGGGGAACAAGCAGCAGCAGAAGCAAAUCCGUUAGCCGUCGCGUUCGAGGUUCAGCAGCCAACCUGCUGCUGUUGCGUGUUGCACCGAUCGACGUCUGUUCCACAGUGCUUGCUGCUCACCUUCAUCAUCAAGCGUGUCCUGCUGUCGUCGUCCUCUCUCCUGCUUUGCCGCGGGCUCAUCCACCCAAAGCUCCCCGGCCGCUGCCGAGAUGUCCGACAGCAACGAGUUCGCCGAGCUGCUAUGGGAGAACGGGCAGGCGGUGGUGCACGGGAGGAGGAAGCAGACGCAGGCCGCGUUCCCGCCCUUCACUUGCGGCGCUGCCAGCAGCAGCAGAGCUCAAGAAAAGCAGCCAGGUACCGACCCGGUGGCGCUGCUCAAGACGGGCCUCUUUGGCGACUUCUCUUCCGGCCUAGACGCCACCCGAGACAACGUUGAUCUUGAUGACACCGUACCAUGGAUCAACUACCCCAUCGUCGAAGAAGACACCGCCGCACCUGCCCUCGCAGAGAGCUACAGCCCAGAUUUCUUCUCGGAGCUCCAUGCAGCGGCAGUUGCAGCGGCGGCGACGAACCUCAGCGCUCUGCCACCACCAGUCCAGCACACCGGCAACAACAACAACAGAAGCACACCGGUUGCCACCACCAGCAGAGGACCAGAACCCGCAAAGGAAACCCACCGCAUACCGAUUGCAGGUCCAGCCACCAGGCCUGAGCCACAAGCUGAGUUCGCGGCCACCAGGAAACCUCGGCCGGAGGGCGGCGGAGAGGGCUUGAUGAAUUUCUCCCUCUUCUCUAGGCCAGCAGCCAUGGCGCGAGCAAGCCUGCAGAGGCCACCGCAGACAGGCACAGACAAGGCGUCCAAUGUCACCACGAGCACCCGUGUGGAGUCGACGGUUCUACAGUCGGCCAGUGGGCAAAGAACUGCACCUGUGUUCGCAGACCAGAGGACGCCGUGGUCACAAUCUAAGGAGGUGCGGUUUUCAUGCGCAGCAGCACCGACAACGGCGACGGCUGGUAACCUGCAGCAAGAGAUGCCCCGGGACAUGACUCCGCAGAAAAAAGUUGAGACCAGGAAGGCUUCUGAGGUUGCAGUCGCUACUUCAUCGGUCUGCUCCGGCAAUGGUGCUGGAAUAGGAAAUGACGAGUCCUGGCGCCAACAAAAGAGGAAGAGUCAGGCCGAGUGUUCUGCAAGUCAAGAUGAUGAUCUUGAUGAUGACUCCGGUGGGAUGCGAAGAUCAGGCAGCAGAGGUACGAAGCGCAGCCGCACCGCGGAGGUGCACAAUUUGUCCGAAAGGAGGAGAAGGGACAGGAUCAAUGAAAAAAUGCGCGCCCUGCAAGAGCUCAUCCCCAACUGCAACAAGAUUGACAAAGCCUCCAUGCUGGAUGAAGCAAUUGAGUACCUCAAAACCCUCCAGCUUCAAGUCCAGAUGAUGUCCAUGGGAAGUGGACUGUGCAUUCCUCCCAUGCUGCUGCCACCAACAAUGCAGCACUUGCAAAUUCCUCCGAUUGCCCAUUUCCCUCAUCUCGGCAUGGGGUUGGGUUAUGGGAUGGGCGUCCUCGAUAUGAACAGCACAGCAGCGGUUCCAUUUCCACCCAUGCCUGGUGCUCACUUCCCUUGUUCAAUGAUCCCAGGCACGCCACCACAAGGUCUUGGAAUGCCUGGCAGAAACACGAUGCCAAUGUUUGGAGUCCCUGGGCAAGCAAUCCAUCCCUCAGCAUCUAGCAUACAGCCAUUCCCAUCUUUGGCGGGUCUUCCUGUUAGGCCAAACCUGGCACCUCAAGCUUCAGCCGUCAUGGCUAACAUGGUGCAGGAGCAACAGCAAGGGGCUACUCAGCAGCAGCAGAGCCUGAAUAACGAAGCUCAACAGGGAGCAAAUACAGGAGAUCCUCAAUUGCAGACUACCGUGCAGGCUGAGAACCAGCAUUUUAGUGUGCCCUAUUCAGCACAAACCGAAAGCAAUCAGUUUUUGGAUGGUGGUGGCAACAGGACAGAUACUACAGGGAGAAAUGAAGCUGAAACAUAAAAAUAGUCAGCAAGUGCGAGUCUCGACUAACAAGCUGCAGAUGUGAAUAUCAGCACCAACUCAUCCUGGACGAGCUUAACGAGUUUCAAGAUCCACGAGGCAGAUCUAUCACUUGAAAAGAGUCCAAUCAAUCAAGACAGAUUUGGUGGCAGGACGGCUAGCUUUAGCGAGCUAAGAUGCUCCAAAGUUUUGUGUAAAAUGUAGGUGGUAGAUGGAAUCUGGUUACAAGAAACAUUUCUUGACAGCCAGUGCAGUUUUCUAGUUUGUUUGGCUUCACUGAAGUUUUUUUGGAUCAAUAUAUCUUCUUUUCUCAGGCA